UGAAGAAGUAAUUCUGUCAUUCAAUUCAACUCGCUCGAAUGGUUUAUGAUUUUUUUUUUAUAAUUAACAGCACUGCGAGUCUGUUUAUGUGUGAUUUAUGCAGCCUCAGGUAAAACUGCACAGAGCCAGUCACGGUCAAUGAGUGAACUACCCUGCCGUUUGUCAAUUUAUUUGUAUUUUGCGGCGGAGUGCUUCAGUUCAACAAUCAAAAUCACAGUCACACACGUUGAAAAACGGUUGAGUUGACUUAUUCGACUUGCUUGUUGAAGGGCGGUGGGUGUCUUCGAACACCUCUCAUAAAUAACACUGAGCAGAGAAAAGGCUGUACUGACACAUUUCUGGUUUCUGCAAGCACUGCAGUUUCAGUUUUAGAGAUAUGGAGAAGACAGGGAAACUUUGGGGUGGACGCUUCACCGGAUCCACCGAUCCGAUCAUGGAGAAAUUCAAUGCUUCCAUUGGCUUUGAUAAGCGUAUGGCUCAGGCUGACAUAGAGGGCAGCAGAGCGUACGUCAAAGCAAUAGAGAAAGUGGGUCUCGUCACCAAGGAGGAGAUGGAGGCUAUUGAUGGCGGACUGGUAAAGAUUUCUGAGGAAUGGCGCACAGGGACAUUCAAGAUCAUCCCAGCCGUUGAUGAGGACAUCCAUACCGCUAACGAGCGACGCUUGAAAGAACUUAUCGGCACAGCGGCUGGGAAACUGCACACAGGAAGGAGCAGAAAUGAUCAGUGUGCUAUGGACAUGCGUAUCUGGCUGAGGGAUGAGAUCGUCCCACUACGUGGUCACCUGUUGGACCUCAUCAAGGUUAUUGUCAAUCGCGCCAAGAUGGAGAUUGACGUCCUGAUGCCCGGGUACACACAUUUACAGAGAGCUCAGCCAAUAAGAUGGAGUCAUUGGCUACUCAGCUAUGCCUGGAUGUUUCAGAGAGAUGCCCAAAGGCUGGAUCAGCUCACUGCUAGAGUAAAUGUUAACCCUCUAGGCUGCGGUGCGCUUGCCGGUAAUCCGUUCAACGUGGACAGAGAAUUUCUGACACAAGAGCUAAGAUUUGCGGCUACCGGGGGCAAUAGUCUGGACUGCACCGCUGGACGAGACUACAUUGCUGAGUUUCUCUUCUGGUCCACCAUGAUCAUGAUUCAUCUGAGUAAACUAGCGGAGGAUUUAUUGCUGUACAGCACCAAGGAGUACGGAUUCACUCAAGUUGCUGAUGCCUAUAGUACUGGCAGCAGCUUGAUGCCGCAGAAGAAAAAUGCUGACAGCUUGGAACUGAUUCGGGGCAAGAGUGGACGCGUCUUUGGCAAGUGUGCAGGUUUCUUGAUGACAUUGAAGGGUCUACCAAGCACAUACAACAAAGACUUGCAGGAAGAUAAAGAGGCAUUGUUUGAUGCAUAUGACACUCUUACAGGUGUCCUUCAAGUCACCACAGGGGUUGUAUCUACUCUGACCAUUCACCCAGAGACAAUGAAGGCUGCCCUUAGCCCUGACAUGCUAGCCACCGAUCUUGCUUACUAUCUCGUCAGGAAAGGGAUUCCGUUCCGUGAUGCCCACGGUUUGUCCGGUGGAGUAGUAGCCUUGGCUGAAAAGAAACAAUGCCCUCUACCUCAGCUGACUGUGCAGGAUCUCAAGACGGUCAGCCCUGCGUUUGAGGACGAUGUUAGCAGUGUAUGGAACUAUGAAAACAGUGUAGAGCAGUACACCAGCACUGGGGGUACCAGCAAACAGGCCGUUAUGAAACAAGUGCAGCAAUUGGAGGAAUGGAUGGCUUCAGUGGCUUGAAUGGAGGAUAUCGUCCAAUGAGAAUGAGUGUAUUAUUUAGGAAUAGAUUCAAUGUCAUUAGAGGUAUGCUGAUGCAUCUUGUCUGGUUCCCAGAACGCAAAAUGUAUUGUCCUGUAGUGCAGCACUGGAAUAUUGAGGGUACCAAGCUAUUUUCCAGUCCAAUCUAAUAGUUUUAGAGGGAGGAAUUUGAUAUCUUCGUGUAAAUGUUAAUUUCUUUGAAAGGUUUUUGCUUUUAAAGUUUUUUCUGCCAAUUGUAACUUUAUCAAUCUGAUGCAUCAUGUCUGGUUCCCUGAAUGCAAAUUGUAUUGCAGCCCUGUAGUGAAGCACUGAAAUAUUGAAGAAACCAAGCUAUUUUCUAUUACAAACUUAUUUUGGGGGAAGUAAUUUCUUGAUAUCUUUGCGUAAAAUGUUAAUUUCUGUGAAGGUUUUUGUUUAAAUUAAUUUGUUUUCUGCCAAUUUGAAUUUUAUACUGCAUCCAUUUUUUUCUACAUUGGUUUUUGAAAAAACAUACUUUUAUUUGAACCUUCCAUUUUUAAAGAAACACAUCUUGAAACUUCCAUUGAAAUAAGAGGCUUCCAUUUUUAAAGAAAACCAAAAACACAAUAAAGGUAAAGGUUAUAUUUUAAAAUUCAUGAAUAAAAUAUAUACCUUGGAGAGUUUAUGAACGUGACUUGAUAAAUACAAUCACAAACAUGUCUUUCACGAAAUAAUAGUUAUAGCCACUGCCAUAAUUAUGUCACACCAUUUUGCCAUUUAUGCUCGUCACACAGAGGAUGAAGUCAGUGUUCUCUGGGUUUGAUUGCUAACUUACUUUGGUAAGAAGCACUGCAGCUUUUGAUAAUGUACACCAUUUUGAGAAAGAUUCUCUUCAAAGGAAUGUGUUUUAGAGAGAGGGAUUCAAAAACACUUCGAUCUGAUCAAACUUUCUGCUGUAUAAAACAUUUCUCAGGUUGAGUACUCCAAAAAUGGAUUAUUCUUCUUGCGAGACGUCACCACUCCAGAUUUUCGGCAAUAUCUAAAAGCAAUACUAUUACCUACAGAUUGGUUUUGUUGUAUUUAUCAACAUUUAUAUAGGAUACAAACAAUUGAGUGGUUUCAAAAACCAAAGUUAUAUUUUGCAUUUACAAAUGGUACAUUGUUAGUGAUCGUUACCGUAUCAUGUUAAUGUUAGAGCUUACAAACCAUGUCCUGAAAUUUAAGAUUCUGUUAUGUGCAGCCAUUUUGUGAAUUUUCAGAGUGAAGGG